ACGCACACGCAGAUGACACCGGGAUAUCCUCCCUCCUAAAUUAACUAUUUUUAAAGUCACUUCUUAUCAUUAGGAGUCACAAUGUUGCCUUUCAAGAGAACUUUUGAGAGCGAAAAACACCAGCUGCAGGAGCUCAACGGCAGACUGGUCCAGUAUCUUUCCAGAACAAAGCAGCUGGAGCAGGAAAAUGCGGGUCUGAUUGCUGAAAUCAAUAAACUCAGACAAGCGAAGGCGGUGGACCGGGAGCCGAGGUACAAGAGCGAGAUGCGGGACCUGAGGAGAAUGGUGGAGCAGCUGUCGUUUGAGAAGUCCCAGGCUGAGAUGGAGAGGGAGAAGCUAUGGCGGGAGUUACAGAUGGUCCAGUCUCUGUGCAGCGAGCAGACGGGGGUGUGCCGGGACAUCAGUGGCGAGCUGAAAGGCUGCGAGAAGGAGCUUCACCACGCUAACAAGACCAACUGUGAACUCCAGCAGCGGCUAUUCCAGCUGGAGAAAGAGUAUAAACGAUUAGAGGACGCGCACAGCCAAGAAAUGAACCGUCUCCGGUGCCAGGUGGAGUCCCGGGUGGUGCCCAUCAUCACGCAAACUUACCGCGGGCCUCCGGCGGCCUCCAUGGAAGAGGUGCAGGAGUACGCCCGCGGUCUGUCCGAAGGCUGGAUGGAGACCCUUGAAAUGUACCAGCAGAAGGUGGAGGAGAUGGAGCAGUCGAUUAAAGCGGACCAGGCGAGGCUGGGUGACCUGCAGAGGGAAAAGAUGCUGUACGCGUCGGAGUUGGACAAAUUACGCACGGAUGCGGAAAAACAAGGGCAGAUUCAGUUGCGCCUUGAAGAACAACUGAUGCACAUGCAGGAGAAAUUCCGGGUGGACUACAAUGAGUAUCAGACGAUUAUUGAGCAGCUGGAGCACGAGAGGAACAUGAUGGCUGACACUAUUGCGGAAAAGAUGCGAGAGCAUCAGCACCUUCUCCAGGUUAAGAUGGAUCUGGGCAUGGAGGUGGCUGCUUACAGGGCUCUUCUGGAAGGUGAGAGAGUGAAUCUGCAAGAUGCUCACAGAAGGGUGACUCAACAUCAGAGAGAAAGAGUAAUAGAUAUCAGGAUGCCUGCCCAGCCCUACACUCCAAGAGCUUCUACCUUAAUCACCAGACAACAUAUGGAUACCAGGUACACACCGCCAACUUCAAACCUGAGAAGAUCCCCUUUGCCUCCUUCUGGGUCUAUAAGUCCCUCUAGGGUCAUUCCUAUUUCAGUUGUAGGCAGAAGUCGGCAUCAGAGUCCUGCAUCCAGAAGGGACAUGAUCUCAUUCACCAAAGCUCGGGCUGCCACUUCUGCCUCUGCCACCACCACUGCUACUACAGCCAAAGAUAAACCAAUAGGCCAGAGUGAAAACCAAAUUCGUCAAAAUGUGCAGAAAACAACAGGAGUGGAGCAAACUGUGAAAAUCAAACAGGUCUCUCCAGUAGAGAACCAAGUCAGUCCCAUCAAGUCCUCCACUACAGAGACCAAAGCAGUGAGAGUUGUGUCAGCACCAAUGAUGAGUCUGAGCAGGAAAACUGAGACAGAAAGUGAAAAGCAAGUGUCAGAUGAAAAAGAGAAACAUAAUGUUUUUGGAGGAGAGUUCAAAGACGAAAGGAAAACAGCAUCUACAACAGGCCCUGGUGAGAAAAAGAUACUGGAUUCUGUGUCUGUGGAGAAGCUCAUCGAGCAAGUGAUAAAGCCAGCCGGGUUGGAAGCUAAGGUUUGCUCCACGGGAGACUCGAAGGUAAGGUAUCAUGUGGAGAAAACUGAGCAGGAGGAUGGCACGACUAAGACACAGAUUGUGCUGGAGUCCAAAGUUGAGGAAGAGGUGGAUAUUUCUGAGGACACAGCACUGGAUGAACUACUGAGCCAAGGGGUCAAGAAGGUGUCACUGGAGAACAUCAAGGACACAGCAACAGGAAGCAUGAUCAAGAACCUGCUAAGUGGUCUGCAGGGACAUGAGGACCUGGAAAAUAAGUUUGUCAAUGUGGAAAUCAUUGAGGAACCAGUGGAGUCUCACAGUGACGAGGAGCUUGAGGUUGAACAGAAGUCCAGAUCUAGUUUUUAUGAGCCCUCCUCAAUGUAUUUCCAAAUUGAGGAGCUAGAAAAUGUCCCUCAUGACACUCAAUUUCAGAGGAGUGAUGGUGAUGCCAUGAAAAGCUCUUUGACAGUAACAGAGCAGAGCAAGGGUGGAACUGUGCAAGUUCAAGAGGUUUCUAGAGAGAGCGAAUCUCCGUAUUCGUCCCAUGACCAAGAGCCUCACGAGUAUUUUGUCUCCACACCAGAUGAUAAUCUUUCUGAACCCGAGGAAGGUGGUGGCAUUACCUCAUAUGGCCAUUAUGGUAUCUUAGACGACCUGUCGGAUGAGAGGUAUUAUCAAGAUGAAGGUCUUCCCCAGAGAAGAGUGAUUGUAGAGGAAAGUGAUGAAUACAAGUUCAUGGCAGGUGAUCGCUUGCUUGUUAAAGAGAGUUUGCCAGAGUCCAUAAUUGAAGAAGAGGUUCGUGUCUCCCCUGUAGUGCAGGAGUCGAUGCUUGAGUUCCUAAGAGAGGACUCUUUGGAGCCCAAGGAGCAACUAAAGGGAGCUCUAGAGAAGCUGCAAAGGUCAGUGUCGGGUCCACUGAGGGAGGAGUUGGCCUUCCUCACAAAAAUGAGCAGUGAAAGUCCAGAGAAUGUGGCUGUCGAUGUCAAAAAAGUGCAACAGUCAAGUGACAAUGGCACCAUGACUAUAGUUGCAGAGCUGAAUGUCUCUCAAACCCUGGAAGAGUCUGGGCUGCUGGAGACAGGAGAUGAUCUGUCUGAAGAGCAGAUCAUGGCAACUCUCAGAUCUUCUAACCUUGGCCUUGAGAAAGUGUUCCAGGGUGGGGCAGGAGGAGAAUACAGCUUCAGAGUCUCCAAGGAAGAAGAUGUUUCAUAUGGUGAAGAGUCGGAAGGCUACACUAAUGAAGGAGAGUCGGUGUCUGAAAUCACUGAGAAACAUAUCAAAUUGGGGCCAUCACAAAAGCCCUUCACCUUCCAGAUGGACAUACAGGGCAGUCACGCUGAGGCAGCCUCAAAGCAAGAGCCGCAAUCUCAAAUCUUGGAGACCCCGGUGACGAUUUCUCAAGAGAAAAGAAUUGCAACAGUUUACCUUGAAAGCCCGAAAGAUGACUAAGAAUUCAGUCAGAAAUAUUUUUAAACUCAGUGCUUGCCCAUGUUGCUUAUUGAGGUGCACAUACAGAGGUUUUUCUGAUGCAGCAGUCCACACACACACGGCAUUAAUGCUGUUUGCAGAUAACGUAGUAAUGUUUUAGAUUUUGCAGUAAAACAUAUUGUAUAUCCAAUUUGAUUGUAGUGCGCUCUUUUGCUGUAUGUACCUACUUAAGAGUGUGUAACUUGGUGUACCCAACUGCAACACAAUUCAUGCAAAAUUCAGUUAAAAUGACCAGAUUGAUACAUACAUUUCUGGUAUUAAUUGUGGCAGUACUAUUAAAAAUACUGAGUGCUAAAUAAUAUUGGCUAGCUUAAGACAGGAUUGUACUCAUAUUGUAGCAAAUUUUUAUGUUAUAACCUUUUUAUAGCUUGCAGUUUAUCUUCAAAGAGGUUUGUUUAUUCUCUAGAUUUCUCUAUUUUUGUACUAACCUUUGCUGUACUGGUUAAACAUCCCAUUCUGCCAUUUACAGCAUCCCAUCACAUUAUGGCUGUGUCUGCCAUGUUGUUGAAUCUACUUGGUCAACAUUAUAUGCAAGCCAGCAUAUGACACUUAACAGUUGUGAGGUGUUUGCUGAUUUGGACUUUAAUUUUUCAUCUGACUUGGGCACUGCUGCCAAAUUAAAUGGUUUUAGUAUAUACUGCAUCCUGGAACACAGUAGAUUGUUUUAGCAGUAGUCAGUGAAUUGUACAGUUAAGCUUGUAGCUGAGGGUGGUAUAGUGGGAGUGGAGAUAAAGAUCAUAAUUAGUCUUAAAAAAAAGAAGUUUUAAAUGCUGAAAUCAAGGUGUAGUGGAAGUAAACGUGGCUCUUCUGAGUGGUUAAUUAACAGUGUUGGGUAUUUGCAGAUUAUUUACUAUACUGACAAGAAAUGCUACAAGACACAUUGAUUAUUUAGGAAAAAUAAUUGCCCGUUACAUAACCAAAGCCUGGUUACAUGGUUCAAUGUAAUCAAUGUGAAACGUGUUUGUAAAAUGUGCAUCCUUACAUGGUGUGUGUCAAUACCAUAUAUUUCUAAUUUCCCAACAUUUGAUCUGAACAAGGGGAGCUAGGAAUUCAAAAAAUAUCAUUUAGAACUCAAAAAAGGGUUGUCAAAGCAAAUAGCAAGAUGAAAGAAUGAAAAAUAGUAGUAGAAUCUAUACACAUUAAGAGGAUUCAGUGAUUGUGAUGUGAAAGAAAAUAUAAUCACAGCUGCUUUUGAUGCUUAGUAUGUCUGUUUGGUCACCUUUUGCUUGUAUUUUGUUAUCACAGUGGUGGUUUCAAGGAUUCACCUUUGCUCUACCGUAAGAGUGUAGUCAUGACCAUACCUAUUUUUGGAUCAUCAGCUUAGUGGCGUUGACUGUUCAUUAGGGUUUGUUGUGUUGUGUCGAGUUGUGUUGAGUCACAGAGGCAGAAAUGGUCCACUAGAAUUAGUCUGGUUACAGGUUUUGCACAUUUUCUCUAAGUGGCUGCAAAAAUUUACACUCUAUAACUAUUGAGCAAUUUCUUCUCAGAUUAUAUUAAUGUUUAGGGUGAAUGCCAUGCUCUUAUGAAAUUUGUUAAUUAAUCAAUUAAAAAACACUUUUAAGCAUGUAAGUGCCGAGAUACAGCAUAUUUAAACAAAAACACUACAACACCAUUGCACUUAAAAUGUGGUUUAAUAUGGAAUCUUUGUUAGGUUACUGUAUAUGUAUGUACACAGUGUAAUCUGAAUACCAUGUGCCAUUUCACAUCAUAAAAAAACAUGUACAUCCGCAAACUGAAAAUCUAUUGAUAUAUAAAGAAUGUUUAAUAAGUAAACUGUUCAACAAGUGUUUGUCACCAUGGAUAUCCCAGAAUCAUUGCUUUUAUUGACAUAGUGAUUGAACAACUUGCAUUUUUGGUUUGGAUGGUUCCAGCCCUUGUUUGGAAACUGAUUAAUAUCUUACCAUAAUUAAAACUAAUUGUG